AUGGAAGCACUUGAAGGAAAAGCCCUCUCCGGCCCUCAUUACAACGACUGGCCAAAUGCACUGGGGUUUGACACCCACUAUGAAGAAAGGAGCCCAGUUGAGCUCCGAGUAGAGGGCACAAUUCCAGCAUACACCGCCGGCACCCUCUUUCGAACUGGGCUGGGGCCCAGAACGUUCAAGACGUCCAAAGAGACCUGCUUCUCUGUCAACCACUGGUUUGACAGCUUCUCUCAAAUCCACCGCUUUCAGAUCCAUGCCCCUCAGGCUAAUGAGCCUAUUCGGGUCACCUACAAUUCACGACUGACCAGUGAUGGACUGAUCGAAAAGAUCAGAAAGACUGGGAAACUUGACGGGUUCACGUUCGCCGCCAAGUAUGACCCUUGCAAGUCAUUCUUUCGGAAAGUCCAAUCUGUCUUUCAUCCGAAUGGGGAGCCGAAGCCGAAUGAAAUCAACGUGGCAGUCACCAUGUCAGCCAAUUUUCCGGGUUUCUCAAAAACCGGUGAGAGGUUGGACAGCCCCCACGGCCCCGGACAAGGCAUGACUUUGUGUAACAAGACAGACGCCACAAUGAUGCAGAUGCUUGACCCUGAAAGCCUGGAGCCUGUGGGCAUUGCCCGUCAAACGACUCUCCACCCAGAACUCAAGGGCUUGGGCAGCGGGGCCCAUGCACAAUCAGAUCCCAACACAGGACAUGUCUUCAACUAUAACCUUGACUUCGAUCGGAGCCCCAUUUAUCGAAUCUUCCGAGUUUCUACGUCCUCUGGCAAAACCUCUAUCUUGGCUAAAAUCCAUCAUUCUGCAGCAUACCUGCACUCGCUCUUUUUGACCGAGAACUAUGUGGUGCUGUGUGUUUGGAACUCCUUCUAUAAAGCCGGCGGGGCUUCAAUACUGUGGCACCGGAAUCUGCUUGACGCGAUGGCCUAUGAUAGCACGCAACCGGCCACUUGGUUCGUCAUCGAUAAGCGCCCAGCAGAAGAAGGUGGCAGAGGUCUCAUUGCAAGAUAUACGUCAGAUGCCUUUUUCGCAUUUCACACCAUCAACGCAUAUGAGGAGCCGUCGAGCACAUCCGAGGGCACAGUGGACAUUGUCGCUGACCUAGCCGCAUUCGACAACAUGGACGUGUUAGAGCAUUUCUAUCUGGACAACCUGGUUAGCGAUUCGCCCAAGGUACAUGCUUCCAAUCACUCGUUUGGCUCGACGAUUCGCCCCAGCUACCGAAGGUACCGAUUACCAUCGCCAUCCACGGCGGCUACAAAAGGUGCGCAAGCCAUUUUGGAAUACACCAGCAACAAAGAAGAUGCGUUUGAGCUGCCUAUCAUUAAUCCCAAACUAGUGACGAAGAAGCAUCGAUAUAUGUACGGCGUCUGCAAUACAGGGAAAUCCACAUUUCUUGACGAGCUUGUCAAGUGCGAUGCUUCUACGCAUACGACCUUGCGUUGGAGUAGACAUGGCCACACUGCCGGUGAGCCAGUCUUCGUACCAGACCCGAAGUCGAGUGAAGAAGAUGGUGGCGUUCUUCUGUCCGUGGUAUUGGAUGGUCACGAAGGGAAAAGCUAUCUCCUGGUCCUGGAUGCGAAGAAUAUGGAGGAAGUAGGGCGAGCACAUGUUGACGGCGCUAUCGGAUUUGGUUUCCAUGGGCUUUUCCUCCAAGCAUGA